GCGCUAUCAUAUUAUCCACGCUUUUCAAAGCUUUUCCGAAAGGAGUCCAACAUGUCACGCAGCUGACUCCGUAAACACGAUUAAAAAAUAAAAAGAAACUGGCGGCGAUUCGAAUUUGGAAUUCUCAAAAUAAAAACGCUUUUGUUUCUGUCAUGUUCAGCAGGUGCCCUACAAGUAUUUGUUGUUUAUACACUUUGAAUAGCGUUUUUAUCGUAUAUUUGAGUUGUUCGCGAGCUGUUUGUAGAUUAAUAUAAUGCCAAGGUGUUUUCUCAAGUCUGUGCGGUCGCAAGGGGAUAGUUUCAUACAUGAAACGGGUAGAUUAUCAGUUGAAACUCUAGUAGAAACAAAACCAACACGCAUGCCGAAAAUGUCAACAAAAAGACACAAAACCCUCUUAAAGACGAAUGAAACGCUGUAUCACGACAAAGUGCCUAUAUCCACCCGUUUUUACCUGCAGCUCUUGAAAAAGAGCCAAUUCCUGCCAAACUUCGUAGAAACAGAAGCGUACGAAUACGCUUCGGAAAGCGAAAGAGCAACCAACUCACCAGAACUACAUACUAAGAGAAACUUUGUUAAGAAAGAAGUUGAACGGGCAAGUUAUAACUUACGUUCGAACGAAGCAAGAACGGAACGCAAGGUUUUCGUAAAGAAAACUCGCGUUCGAAAAAAAGUUACCGAAACGCAGAGCGUUUCUGAACCGAAGGUGGUUAAAAAGAAAUUCAAAAUGCCUUUGGCGCCAAUUAUAGAGGAAAUAAAGAACCGGGAGCCACUUAGGACUGUGAAUAAAGGUGGAUGGGAGAUUGACAAGAUCGCAGAAAAGCUAAAGAGUCUGAUGCGGACCAGCUCCGAGCACAUGCUGCACCAGGAGCUGUUGUCCUGUACCGAAGCGUUCAGGAACGAAGCUAAGGAGAAUGAAGAAAAAGGGAACGAAGUUAGUCGGAACGAAGUUCAGGAGAAAGGAACGAAGCUAAGGAGAACGAAGAAAAAGGGAACGAAGUUAGUCGGAACGAAGUUCAGGAGAAAGGUAAGAUGCGGAGCUUCGAGCACAUUGCUGCACCAGGAGCUGCUGUCUUGUACCGAAGCAUUCAGGAACGAAGCUAAGGAGAACGAAGAAAAAGGGAACGAAGUUAGUCGGAACGAAGUUCAGGAGAAAGCACCAGCUCCCUUAGUAUCGCCAGCAGGCCGAGCCCGCGGCGGCCACGCCUGCCCUUACUGCGGGAAGCGCUUCGACCGCCCCUGGGUGCUGAAGGGGCAUCUCAGACUGCACACCGGAGAGCGACCCUUCCCUUGUCCUCAUAAACACUGUCCAAGGACUUUUGCAGAUCGGUCAAACCUCCGCGCCCACCAGCGCACCCGCGGCCACCACACGUGGCAGUGGCGGUGCGCGGAAUGCGGCAAGGCGUUCAGCCAGGGCCGCUAUCUCGACCGCCACCGAGCUGACGCCUGCUGGAAGUACAAAAUGCACCAAAAGAACUCGACGAAGAACGCAGAACUCAAAAACGCCGACCCGCCCGUGCCAAUGUAUGGAAGCGUGUUUCGACACGGGACUCUUGAACCAAAACUGGUACAGUCUAACCAAGACUUUCAGUCGAGCCAAGACAUUAAGUCUCAGUCUAGUUUGGACAGUCUACAGUCCAUGGAACCCGUGAUGUCUAAAGAUCUUGGACAAACUGAACUUUACAAGGCUCUAAGUAAUUUUGAGGUGAACGGUGUUUUGAAGGUGAAAAACUUGGGUCAAGACAUUGAUUUUUUUAAAUGUAAAUCUAAGGUCAGUCUUUCAAAAGUACAGGAUAACCUUAAUUUUGAGAAGUCUAGUCUGAAAUUGGAGUUGUGUAAGCCGAAGUUGGAUUUGAAGAGUCAGGGGCAGAAAUCAGCAUGUUCUAGCAUGGAGAUUAAAGAAUGUGACGAGCCUAUAGAUUUAUGUAUAAGGCGUAAUGUAAAUUAA